AUGCAUGGCUUCAUAUGAUGAGUACCUAUUGCAGUAUUUGUCAAAAUUCAGCGAAAGCUGCGACAGCCAUGGAAAUUCUGAGGCAAGCAGCAAGAUAUUGCCUGGUGCAGUGGUGAUGCUUGGCAGGUGUAGUUGGAAAAGCCUGUGGGACUCGAGAAGCAGUCAGCCCAUGGUUGCUAGGCAACGGGGACACCCUAGGCGGGUAAAUAACCCCCAUCCAUCCAUUUCGAACCUGCACAUCCUGGGAGCUACAAUUGCGACUGCAACCACAUCAACGACUUGUCGACCUCCUUUUCCUACUCUUGCCAGUGUUGCUGGUAUUUGUCAUUACAACUCGUGUACAAUACCUCAUCCCGAGUCGAGCUUCACAAUGGCGACGAGGACAUUGGAAGCGCGCUUUGAGCGCAUGUCUGUCAAUGACGAGAACGACCACAGCGACAAUGGCCGACUGUAUCAAAAGCCAAAGGCCAUCGGCUCCUCCACAGCACAACUCGUCCCGAGCAGCAGCAGGCAAAACUUGCUCAAGGUUGCCUUACAAUCACAAAGUGCAAACACCGUCACCGCCACAGUCACUCUACCCUCCAAAGCCGCUCAAUGGAAGAGCUCAUCAACUCUUCCGAGCAACCCGUCCUCGCCCAAAAAGGACAAAAAUUCGUCUCUAUCCUCCCGCAGCUCCGACGAGCUUGCCCUUAGCGAGCACACAUCAUCUUCUUCCUACGUCGACCAACCCUUGACCCCAAAGCAAUUCCACCUAGGCAUGUUCGAAAUCGGCCGACCGCUCGGCAAGGGCAAAUUCGGACGAGUCUACCUCGCGCGCGAGCGCACCAGCGGCUUCAUUUGCGCGCUCAAGGUGCUUUACAAGUCGGAGCUGCAGCAGGGAAGCGGCGUCGAGAAGCAGGUGCGGCGCGAGAUUGAGAUCCAGAGCAACCUGCGACACCCCAACAUCCUCAAGCUAUACGGCCACUUCCACGACGCCAAGCGCAUCUUCCUGAUCCUCGAGUUUGCCGGUAAAGGCGAGCUCUACAAGCACCUACGCCGCGAAAACCGGUUUCCAGAGUGGAAGGCCGCCCAGUACAUCGCCCAGAUGGCGUCCGCGCUGCGAUACCUGCACCGCAAGCACGUUAUUCACAGAGAUAUCAAGCCUGAGAAUAUCCUGGUUGGUAUUCAUGGCGAGAUCAAGAUCUCCGACUUUGGCUGGAGCGUGCACGCGCCCAACAACAGGCGCAAUACGAUUUGCGGUACCCUGGAUUACCUGCCGCCGGAGAUGAUCAAGCCGGGCAGCCGGGACAAUUGGUACAACGAGAAGGUGGAUCUUUGGAGCUUGGGCGUCUUGACGUAUGAGUUUCUGGUGGGCGAGGCCCCGUUCGAGGACACGCCCGUCAUGACGCACAAGCGGAUCGCAAGGGCCGACAUGACCAUCCCGGAGUGGGUGAGCAAAGAAGCCAAGGAUCUUAUCAAAAAGCUUUUGGUGCUCGACCCGGAGAAGCGGCUGCCUCUCGAAGAGGUCCAGAAACACCCCUGGAUCAUCAAGCACUGCGUAAAAGGCGAAAGGGCGGCAAACAGGGAGAAGCCGCUCAAAUAGCCGAACGUUGACAUUUAGCUAUGCUUGUGCCUGUAAGAGUAGAGUAGUGGCGUUCCGGAGUCAGGGAAGCGGGGGAACCACAUUGAAGGCGUUACUUGUGCAGCGGAGCGGGCCUUUGUCUGUCUAUCUUCAUAUGUCUACUUGAUUUCCAACGCUGCUAGGUCAUGAGAGAAGCUCAUUAUAGUAUACAAGCAUUGAAUUACACCAGGUGGACCAAGAUCGUGUGGCAGCAACUCAGCGAUAAAUUUCCUCAAACGGCCGUUUGUCUGAGAAGCACGAGUCCCAGACCUCGUUGACCACCUUGGUCGCUUGUACAUC